GUGGCAAUAUUCAGCAAUCAGCACAAGAGCUGGCAUCUCUCUGCUGUUGCCUCUUCUCUCUUCUUCGCUCUAACCAGUAGCCAGUGAUGAUGUUGCUUGAUUUUCCAUGACCCAACUGUUUUUCCUUCUUCCCUCAUCAACAAUGGCUGCCUCUUCAGUGUUAUUUCAUCCCUCUACCAACGUUCGCGGUCUUUCUGUUGUAGAUGGGCGCAAAGUUCCAUUCAAGCAUUUCGACAAACAGGUGAAGUGCCGUUUGAUGGGCUACAAUUCUCCCCUCCAUCAUAGGCUUAGUCCCUUGAUAAAUCGUUGGAAUGGUUCUGCUAAUUCGUCUGCAAUGCCAUCAUUCCCAAGAACGACGACAACCCGUCCGUUCUCAUCGCCCAAGUGCUCACCUUCUGAUGUAGUUAGCUCAGAAGCCCAGAACCCAUUUCUUAAACCCUUUAGAAAUGUGUCGUUUGAUUCAGUUCAAGGUACCCUCUCUCGAAUAACCCCUUUUGAUGUCGUCAAGUGGUCUGGGGUUUUGUCGAUUUCAAUUGCAGCCACGAAAUGGACUUUGAAUUUGUUUAUCAACCCCUUCUUCUGGAUGUAUUUCAGCUGGACUUGGUUGUUCUGGCCCUGGGUUGUGGCUAUUUCGAUGGCCUUCUAUGGAUUCUAUUGCUUGAGGAAGCACCUGCUUGGGGAAGCCAACAUAUUCGAGCAACUUGCUGUUGUUACUUCUCUAUUCACUUGGCUCACCCUUGUCCCGCCUGCCCAUUUCAAUGGAUUCCUUGAAGGGUGGCCUUUCGUGUUCUUCUUGGUCUACCACUACUUCUUCUUCUUCAAUGUUAGCAUUCGAAAAAGGUUAUACGGAGAUUACUUUGCUCGUCCUCACGACCCCAAGUGGGAUCUGAACAUGUCUAAUUUGUAUCGCUUACUGUUCUCUGUGGGUGUCAUGGCCGGCCAUUGGCUUGCUGCGUUUGAAGGACCAGAGCUUCAUCAAGUUCCAGGCGGGUGGAGCAAUGUGGGCAUAUGGGUUUUGAUAGUGCUAACUCUUCUAACGCACUACAAUUCCUCAUUGUAUCUUGCCAAGUAUUCGGAGAAGGUGGUGGUGCCUACCGCUGUUGUGCAGUUUGGACCCUAUAGGUGGGUUCGCCAUCCAAUAUAUGCGUCCACAAUGCUGCUUUUUGCCACUUACUGCGCUGCCCUUCGUGCGCCUGUGAGCAUGCUUUUUAUAGUGGCAGUUUGUUCACUAUAUUAUGACCAGAAAGCAAAAGCGGAGGAAGCCUUGAUGGUUGAAACCUUUGGAGAGGGGUAUGUAGAAUAUGCAAACAAAGUUAGGUACAAGUUUAUUCCGUUUGUUUAUUAGUUUAUUCAUACUCUCAGUCGAUUCUCAAUUUUUGCACCUGAGCUUGAUUUAGAUUUGAAAAGUGACGGACUGUGAAUGAAAUCCAGCAUUGUUCAUCAUUGUUUACACUGUUGGAAUAUCAAUGUGAAUUCAAUUAUCAAUUGGUUUCU